ACAGGUGGAGGCGGAACUGAGGGAAUCAAACACGUGUUGUUCAAACAUUUCUUAGUUCGAGUCGCUGGAGUUUGAAGAGUUUGCGUGAUCGAAAAAAAAAACCUCCUCCACUGUGAGUCAGUUGAUUUGUGAACAAGUUUCCACCGGAGCAGAGAGAGAGGAACAUCUGGACAGCUCAGACAGAAGCAGGUAAACGCUGCUGAGGUUCCAACAGUUUGUUGACCAACAGUCACGAAGUUAAAGAGAAGGUUUGAUAAGAACCUGCUGAACGAGCCUCUGUCCUCCAUUCAUCACAUGGCCUCCAACAAAGUGGAUCAUACUCUAACUACAGCUGCACCCUGUCAGCUCUCCAGCAGAUUUCCAGAGAAAGGCAGAGAAAAGAAGAGGAAUGGCUCUGCAAGGAUUUCAAAACCAGAUUUGCUCCUCAUGCAGUUGCCACUUUGUGGUGGUGAAGCUCCGUCAGUGAACUGUGAAGGAAGCUGUCCUCUUCUUCAUAGUUGGUUUGCACCGUGCUGUGUGUGAAGAGGAGGUUUGAACAGGCUGUGCUGCCGACCACAUCUCCUGUGGCCCAUGUUCAGGUGAUGGAGUCAUCCUGAUUUUUUUUUUUGUCUUGUGACCUGGGAGUCCCUGAAUCCCAAACCUUAUAGCUUUGGAAAACCCUGGAAAUACCUGGAAUUCUAGGAGUAUAUCACCAAAACUUCUUCAGGUGCCCAGGCACCAGAUCAAUAGCUUUACAUUCUCCUGUAUUAUUAUUUUUUUGUCUAAAAAAAGAGACUAAAGUCUGAACAUUAGCAAUAGCCGCUGGCCAUCCACCAUCGUUUCGACAAACCUGCUGUGACCAAGAGGGCGUGACCUUUCUGCCUGCCGACUUCAAACGGACACUUGAAAAGGAAUCGCAGUCAGAGAGGCUUCCGUGCGGUGGCGACUCAGACCAAAAACCCCAUCAGGCCUGGAUGCGAUGAACGCCUCAUGUAGGCAUCAGCAUGGACAGCUGUGAGUCUCCCGUGGUUUCUGGGACAGACGAUGGGCUCAGCUCCUCCCAGCAGCAGCAACCACCACAGCCCUGGAACGAUCACUCUAGCUCACAGGUCCCUUGCACCAACCAGGCUCCUUCCCUGGACCCUCUAUCUCUCUCUGCUCCCUACCCUUCUCAACCCCAAAACCCCAGUGCAACUCAUGACGAGAUAAGAGAAGUACAGUCCCAGCAUCAGCAGCUAAAAGAGACAUCACCCCAGACCCGCAGUGAUAGCUCUGCUACGGGCCAGCUGCAUCCCAGAGGAGACGGUCUUGAGGAAGAAGAGCAAGAGGGAGUGAGUUGUGGAGAAGAGGAAGAAUCGGAGGACUUAGAUGAAAUGGAGAUUGACAGCUGUUUCCCAAGUCUUCAGCCCUUUCCCGGGGUGCCCAUGGCUUCAGGGGGAGGAGGAAUGCCCACUCUCUUGAGACACCAGCCCACACGACAGCAAGGAGCACCUGAGAGUGGGAGUGAGGAAGGAGAGGAGGAAGAUGAAGAGGAGAGCAGUGAUGUGGAGAACCUGGCGGGAGAAAUAGUUUACCAGCCAGAUGGCUCAGCCUACAUCGUAGAGAGCCUCAGUCAGUUGAUCCAAAGUGGUGGGGGCAUGGUACCCGGCCUGCUUCCCACAAACUCUCUUACCAUUGGGGGAAAACCGGGCGAGCCUGCUGGGACUUCAUCCUUGGUCUACCCUCAGAUCAUCAACACGUUCCACAUAGCCUCGUCCUUCGGGAAGUGGUUUGGCAAUUCAGACCAAGGUUUCCCCAAUACCUCAACAAUGGCAGGUCUCAGUCCUGUCCUGCACAGUUUCCGUGUUUUCGAUGUGCGGCACAAAAGCAACAAGGAUUACCUGAACAGCGAUGGGUCUGCCAAGAAGUCCUGUGUAUCCAAAGAUGUUCCCAACAACGUGGAUUUCUCCAAAUUUGAUGGGUUAGCCCUAUAUGGCAAGGGUAAGCCCAUUCUUAUGUGUUUUCUCUGCAAGCUGUCCUUUGGCUAUUCGCGUUCCUUUGCCACUCAUGCUGUCCAUGAUCACCGCAUGACACUGUGUGAGGACGAGCGGCGGCUGCUGGGGGACAAGCAAGUAUCUGCCAUCAUCCAGGGCAUUGGGAAAGACAAAGAGCCCCUCAUUAGUUUUCUGGAACCAAAAAAUAAGAGCACUCCUCUGCCAUCUACCCCGCUCCCCAUUAACUCUAGCCAGAGCUUCUAUGGCACAUUUAGUGGUGUCCAUCUGGAGCCUGGUAGCAGCAGUGGGGGCAGCGAGACCCUCAUGAACAAAGACUCUGACUCUGGCCUCCAGCAACAGCAGCAACAACAUACCCAACUGAGCUCAGUCCUUUCUCUUGGAGGUCUGAGCAUUCCCAAAGCAUCCACUCUUACCUCAUCCCCAGGCUCUGCCAAAGACUCCAGUGCCCUGCCCAGACAGGGAGGGAGAACUGAGGAGGCUGUUGGGAAAGAGUUGGCAUGCAAGGGAGGGGACACUGAGCGACAUGAAAGCAAGGCACACCUUUCCAGUCAGAUGGGGGGGUCAGAAGAAGAAGAGGAACUCUUGUUAGGGGAGGAGGAAGAUGAGGCGGAGGCAGAAAGCACUGCAAUGGCCUGUGGUGGUAACAGUAGCAGUGGCGGGGAUGAAGCAGGGGAACCAGCUGUCUCAAACCAAAGCAUUUCCAAAUCUCCUUUAUUAAUGCCUAGUAGCGCUCUCCAGCCUUCUGCCUGCACCUCUGCAGUAAGUUCCACACUCAACAGCAAAGCCCCUGCUUCCACUUGCUCCUCUGUAAAGGAAGAGGGUUCAGCUUCAGAUGGUGGGGGGAGGACCGCCGAGCUCCCUCUGAGCUUUAACUGCCAGGGGCCCACUGUUCCCAUGGCAAUGGCAGCAGCUGCCGUCAGAAGGAGCGAGGAUGACACUGCUGGCACUUCCUCCUCACCUCUGUCCUCCAAUGCUGCUGCUGAUGAAAGUGCCAAUCGAGAUAGUGCCACAGCUCCAGAACCAAAUGAUUUCCCAGCAGAGGGAGAGGAGGAAAAUGGAGCCCUUCUGCACCAUCACCACUUGCACCACCAUCAUCAUCACCUCCACCCUUCAUCUCAUGGCCACUCGCACCCCCUCCCGGGGGGCUCCUGUGACAUAACAGGAAUGGGCGAGUGUUCACAGAACCAUGGGCUUGGUGGCCCCAUAGGAAGUGGGGUAGAAUGCCCUAAAUGUGAUACUGUUCUGGGUUCCUCACGUUCCUUGGGUGGUCACAUGACCAUGAUGCAUUCACGCAACUCGUGCAAGACACUUAAGUGUCCCAAAUGCAACUGGCAUUACAAGUACCAGCAGACGUUGGAGGCCCACAUGAAAGAGAAGCACCCAGACUCUGGAGGCUCUUGUGCCUACUGCAGUAGUGGCCAGAGCCACCCUCGUCUUGCUCGUGGAGAAAGCUAUACCUGUGGAUACAAGCCCUUCCGGUGUGAGGUGUGUAACUACUCGACCACCACAAAGGGCAACCUAAGCAUCCACAUGCAGUCAGACAAGCACCUGAACAACAUGCAGACACUGCAGAAUGGAGGAUCUAUUGGCUCUGCACAGGAGCAGGUGUUUGGACAUACCCCGGGAGGAGUGGUAGCUGUCCCCUCAGUGACCCAGGCCAGUAGCCAUCACCCACCCCACCACCAUCCUACACAGUCCUCCACCCAUAUGGCCGUACCGUGUGGGGCACCCUCUCCAACCAAGCCGAAGAGCAAACCUACUUGGCGGUGUGAGGUGUGUGACUAUGAGACCAAUGUCGCACGGAACCUGCGCAUCCACAUGACCAGUGAGAAGCACAUGCACAACAUGAUGCUACUUCAGCAGAAUGUGACUCAGAUGCAGCACAGCCGACUUGGCUUGGGAGCCAUGCCCUCACCCUCUGAGGCUGAGCUCUACCAGUAUUACCUGACUCAGAACAUGAGCCUUCCACCAGGCCUCAAGAUAGACCCAGCUGGAGCAGAGGCCCAGUUUCUGAUGGGGAGCUUUCACCUGGAUCCCAACAUGGCUGCCCUGGCCCCUGCACUUGUUGGCGGGGAGCUUCCCAUGGACGUGCGGCUGGGCGGUGGCCAGUUGGUGUCCGAAGAACUGAUGACCCUGGGAGAGAGUCUAUCACAAACCAGUGAUCCCUCCCUCAAGCUCUUUCAGUGCGCCGUGUGCAACCGCUUCACAACUGACAACCUGGAUGUGCUUGGCAUGCAUAUGGGAGCUGAACGCAGCCUACCGGAGGAGGAAUGGCGUGCGGUGGUGGGCGACUCUCACCAGUGCAAGUUGUGCCACUACACCACCCAGCUCAAGGCCAAUUUCCAGUUGCACUGCAAGACAGACAAGCACGUGCAAAAGUAUCAGCUCAUAGCCCACAUUAAAGAAGGGGGCAAAGGCAACGAGUGGCGUCUGAAGUGUGUGGCCAUAGGCAACCCUGUGCACCUGAAAUGCAACGCCUGUGACUACUACACCAACAGCCUGGAGAAGCUGAGGAUGCACACUGUCAACACUCGCCAUGAGGCCAGCCUCAAAGUCUACAAGCACCUGCAGCAGCACGAAAACGCGGUGGAGGGUGAUGCCUGCUAUUACCAUUGUGUGCUGUGUAACUACUCGACCAAGGCCAAGCUCAACCUGAUCCAGCAUGUGCGCUCCAUGAAGCACCAGCGCAGUGAGAGCCUCAGGAAGCUUCAGCGCCUGCAGAAGGGCCUGCCAGAGGAGGAGGAGGACCUCAGCUCCAUCUUCACCAUCCGCAAAUGCCCUUCUUCAGAUACAGGAGAGCUGAGCGAGGAUGUGGAGGCUGCUAGUGAGACCACCACAGACCAGGAGGACCAAACCAAAGACAGAGAAAGUGGGGGGGAGAAGGAGCUCACCAAAGGGACAGCAUUGUCCAGCCACUUGGAAAGGCACCAGCCGGAUUCCCCGGCCCCCUCCAAAAGGCCCUCUUCUCGGUCGGAGACGUCAGAGAGCCCACUCUCCUCGAAGCGUCCCAGGACGACUGAGAAGAGCGCUGCGGAGCAGAUGUACCAGUGCCCCUACUGCAAGUUCACCAACACGGACCUGAAUCGCCUCAGAAUGCACGUGAUGACGCAGCACUCUGUCCAGCCCAUGUUACGCUGCCCACUGUGCCAGGACAUGCUCAACAACAAGAUCCACCUGCAGUUCCACCUCACACACCUCCACAGUGUUGCGCCUGACUGCGUUGAAAAGCUCAUCGCCACAGUGACAGCAACUGAAGUACUGCCAGCAAGCAUGUUCAUACCUGUACCGAGUCCAGACAGAGAGUCCCAGAGCACCCCUCAUGCCACAGCUAAUUCUAACUCUGAAGAUGCAAAGAAGCAAGCUGAUGCAUCAGAUGCUGAUCCAGAGAAGGGUGUGUCAUUCCCAAUAGAAAUAGCUGAAGCUCGCAAGUCACCUCUGGAAGAUCAACAGUCAGAGAGAGAUGAUGCCACAGGAUUCCUGUGCUGGAAGAAAGGCUGUAAUCAAGUGUUCAAGUCCUCCAACUCCCUCCAGUUGCACUUCAAUGAAGUUCACAACAAAAGGCCUCAGUUGCCUGUUUCAGAUCGCCAUGUCUACAAGUACCGCUGUAACCAAUGCAGUCUGGCCUUCAAGACUGUAGAAAAACUUCAGCUCCAUUCACAGUAUCAUGUGAUCAGGGCAGCCACCAUGUGCUGCCUUUGCCAGCGAAGCUUCAGAACACUACAGGCUUUGAAGAAACAUUUAGAAACCAGCCACCUGGAGCUGAGUGAAGCAGAUAUCCAGCAGCUUUAUGGGGGCUUAUUGAUGAAUGGUGACAUUAUGGUAAUGGGUGACCCAUCCCUUGGUGAGGAGCAUGUAACUCUGGGGGAAGACGACAAGGAGGGAGAUGAAAGUGACCCGGAAGAGAAGCAAAGCCCAACAGGCAGUGACUCGGGCUCACUGCAAGAAGAUUCUGGAUCUGAACCUAAACGUGCUUUACCAUUCAGAAAGGGCCCCAACUUUACUAUGGAGAAGUUCUUGGAUCCAUCUCGCCCUUUCAAGUGCACUGUAUGCAAAGAGUCUUUUACACAGAAGAACAUUCUUCUGGUUCACUACAACUCUGUCUCCCAUCUUCACAAGGUGAAGAGGGCUCUACAGGAGUCCACUAGUGGUCAACCUGAGCCUACCAGCAGUCCUGACAACAAGCCAUUCAAAUGCAGCACUUGUAACGUGGCAUACAGCCAGAGUUCCACUCUGGAGAUUCACAUGCGCUCUGUUUUACACCAGACUAAAGCUAGGGCAGCCAAACUUGAAGCAGCAGGAGGGAUCCCUAGCUCUGCGAGUACUCCUGGAUUAAGUGGAGGAGGAUCCAGUAUCAGCACUUCAACAUCUAGUCCAAUCCCAGCAACUAACUCAACUACUAGCUCAACCAACCACAGUUCCUCUGGGUCUCAAACAACUCAGAGUAUUCUUGGAGGAAACCAUAUGAGCCAGAGUCACUGCAUUGAAACCCUGGGGAAUUCAUCGGUGAACUGCCAUUCCUCUCCAUCUGAGAACCAUGAGGUGAAAAAGAAUAAAUUUACAGACAUGCUGUCAGCAAGGGGGCAACAACAACAGCAACAACAACAGCAACAACAACAGCAACAGCAACAGCAACAACAACAACAGCAGCAACAACAGCAGCAACAACUUCAGCAGCAGCAACAGCAAUUGGCUCAGGCUCAAGCCCAAGCCCAAGUUCAGCUUCAGCAAGAACUCCAACAGCAGGCUGCUAUUCUGCAAUCCCAGCUAUUCAACCCAGCACUUCUGCAGCACUUCCCAAUGACAACUGAUGCACUCCUCCCCCUGCAACAACAGCAAUUGUUGUUCCCUUUCUACAUCCCUGGUGCAGAAUUUCAGCUGAACCCAGAAAUCAACCUCAGUAACUCAGCACUUGGCCUAGCAGGAUCCUCCACCUCCUCACUGCUGGAAGAUCUAAAAAACUCAGCUCAGCAGGCCCAGCAGAGUUGCUUGCAGCAGCAAUUGAUGCACCACCAUCUUCAGCAGCAACAUCAACAACAGCAGCAACAGCAGCAGUCUCACUCACAGGCUCAGAGUCAGAUGGCAUUGCUGCAGCAAAGUGCAUCUCUCCUUCAACAGGUUGAAAAAAAGCAGAAAACUCACUCCUCUCACAAUGAGAAAGACAGAGAAAUACAAAGAGAGAAGGAUUCAUCUGAAAAAAAUGACGAAUAUGUUAACAAAGAUUCUGCAGACAGCAAGCUAAGAGACAAGAAAGAUAUUCAGCACAUUUCGAUUAACAUAAACCAUGAUACUGGAUUGCCUCCACCAAGGAUUGCUUCCGAUGCUAGAGGAAAUGCAACCAAAGCUCUAUUGGAAAAUUUUGGGUUCGAGUUAGUAAUUCAGUACAAUGAAAACAAACAGAAAGCUCAGAAAAAGACAGCUGGACCUACAGGAUCAAGUGGUCCAGGUGGGAUAACAAGAGUGGUGGACCCCAUUGAGGGAUUAGAAAAACUGGAAUGUGAAGCCUGUGGCAAGCUGUUUUCAAACAUACUGAUUCUAAAGAGUCACCAGGAGCAUAUCCAUCAGGCUUUCUUUCCAUUUCGAUCCCUUGAGAGAUUUGCCAAGGAAUACAGAGAGCAUUAUGAUAAACUCUAUCCAUUGAGACCCCCUACACCAGAGGCAGCUCCAGCUCCUCCACCGCCUCCUCCUCCACCUCCCCCUCCACCCCAAAGAGCUCCCACACCAAAUAUCCCUGUCUCUUCUGCCUCACUUACACCUCCAACUGUACCUCCCCCACAGCCACAAGUUUCAAUGGCACAAAUUUCCAUGCAAAUGGAUUUGCCCCUCUUCUCACCACUCAUGAUGCAAUCUAUGUCUCUGCAGUCUUUGCCCAGUCAGUUGAAUCCCCAGUUACAGUCUGUUGAGCCAAACCUGGCCUCAGACCUGGCCCAGCUAUAUCAACAACAGCUUACACCAGCCAUGCUACAGCAGCAGCAGAACAAAAGGCCACGGACGCGCAUCACAGAUGACCAGCUUAGGGUCCUGCGACAGUACUUUGAUAUCAACAAUUCACCAAAUGAGGAACAAAUCAAAGAGAUGGCAGACAAGUCGGGGCUGCCUCAAAAAGUCAUUAAGCACUGGUUCAGAAACACCCUUUUUAAAGAGAGACAGCGCAACAAAGACUCACCAUACAAUUUCAAUAAUCCACCAACAACAACUCUAGAAGACACAAAAAUUGAUUCUAAACCUCCUUCACCUGAACCUCAGAAACAAGAAUUUUAUGGGAGUAAGAGAUCAUCCAGGACUAGGUUUACUGACUACCAGCUAAGAGUGCUACAAGACUUCUUUGAUGCUAAUGCUUACCCUAAAGAUGAUGAAUUUGAACAGCUCUCCAACCUUUUGGGCCUCCCCACUCGUGUUAUUGUUGUGUGGUUCCAAAAUGCUCGCCAGAAGGCCAGGAAGAACUAUGAAAACCAAGGGGAAGGGAGUAAAGAGGGUGAAAGACGAGAAUUGUCAAAUGACCGCUAUAUCCGCACCUCAAAUCUGAACUACCAGUGCAAGAAAUGCAGUCUGGUUUUCCAGCGGAUUUUUGAUCUAAUAAAACACCAAAAGAAGCUGUGUUACAAAGAUGAAGAUGAGGAUGGACAGUAUGACAGCCAAAACGAGGAUUCAUUAGAUCUUUCCCAUGAAUGUUAUACUCCCUCUGGGUCUUCCUGUCACACUCCAAUGCCCUCUUCUUCAAGUCUCUGCCCACUCCCACCCUCCACUUCAGCAUUCUCACACCUGUCAUCUACUGAGAAAGAGGAGGCAUCACCAGCAUCCACCUCAAACCUAUACGACGAGAAACCCAAGCAAUUACCAGACAUUUCUGAUGAUCCUCGAGAAAAUAUAACCUCUAUAAAGCAGGAAAUUGUGCAUCAACCCCAGUCCGAGGCACAACACCAUAGACCUCAGAGAGAAGAGAAGAUUCAAACGAUUUCCAAGUCCAUCAAACAUUCAUCUCCUUCGUUCUCUCAGCAACAACAGCAGUGUGGUCCCUCAGCCUCUCAGACAAGCCAAGCCUCAUCACAAAGCUCUCACAUGAGCCUCAAUGCACACCUAACCUCUGCCACACAACAACUGGCACAACAGAUGAUUCCUUACCAGUGUGAGCAGUGCAAGAUUGGCUUCCCUUCCUUUGAGCACUGGCAGGAACACCAGCAAUUACACUUCCUUUCUGUGCAAAAUCAAUUCAUCCACCCUCAAUUCCUCGACCGUCCAAUUGACAUGCCUUUCAUGCUAUUUGAUCCCAGCAAUCCUCUCCUGGCAAGUCAGCUUCUCUCUGGGGCAUUGCCACAGAUCCCCAGCAGCUCUGCCACCUCUCCGUCCACCCCCACUUCCACCAUGAACUCCCUGAAGAGGAAGUUAGAGGAGAAAGCUGGCACUAGUCCAGGAGAGAAUGACAGCACAAACAGCGGAGAAGAGCCACAGAGAGACAAGCGGCUCAGAACCACCAUCACACCUGAGCAGCUGGAGAUCCUAUAUCAGAAGUAUUUGUUAGAUUCUAAUCCUACACGUAAAAUGCUUGACCACAUUGCUCAUGAAGUGGGAUUAAAAAAGAGAGUAGUGCAAGUCUGGUUCCAAAAUACCAGAGCUAGAGAGAGAAAAGGUCAGUUUAGAGCAGUGGGGCCCGCUCAAGCUCAUCGCAGGUGCCCUUUCUGUCGAGCUCUUUUUAAAGCAAAAACUGCCCUGGAGGCACAUAUUCGCUCUCGUCACUGGCAUGAAGCCAAACGUGCCGGAUAUAAUUUAACACUUGCUGGUAUGUUACCUGAACAGGAGGGUAUGCAAAUAAAAAUUGAUGCUCUAGAGACAGCAACUUACUCACAACUUGUCUCUACAAACAGUGAUGGACAAAGCUCCUCUAUGUCACCAGUGAACAAAAGCAUGGAUUUGUCUCCCAGGGCUUUAUUGAGCCCUUCAUCAAUUAAAGUUGAGGGAAUGGAAGAUUUUGAGAGUGCAACCAUGUCUUCUGUGAACCUCAGCUAUGAUCCGAGCAAACUGGAUAAUGACGAUUGUUCUUCUGUGAAUACUGCCAUCACAGACACAACCACAGGUGAUGAGGCCAAUGCUGAUAAUGACAGUGCUGAUGCAAAGCACAGCCAGAAUAGUGGGGAUUACUUGUCUAAGUCUGGAGGCACAGUCCCCAUCCUUGAAAAUGAUGACCAGAUGUCCUCAGGGCUUGUAAGCCCUGCAACAAGCUAUUAUGCUAAGGACUAUGAAAAUGAACAUAUAAUUGACCAUAGUGAAACGUCCAGCCUGGCUGACCCCUGCUCCCCAAGUCCUGGAGCAUCAGGCAGCAGGAGCAUCGACAGUGGAGAUCGACCUGGACAAAAGCGCUUUCGAACACAGAUGACCAACCUCCAGCUGAAAUUGUUGAAAUCCUGUUUUAACGACUACAGGACUCCCACUAUGCUGGAAUGUGAGGUACUUGGCAAUGACAUUGGACUUCCAAAGAGAGUGGUUCAGGUGUGGUUUCAAAAUGCCCGUGCCAAGGAGAAAAAGGCAAAGCUCAACAUGGCCAAGCACUUCGGAAUAAAUCAGACAUCCUAUGAGGGGCCGAAGACUGAAUGCACUUUGUGUGGUGUCAAGUACAGUGCUCGCCUCUCUGUUCGUGAUCACAUUUUCUCACAGCAACACAUCUCUAAGGUGAAGGAUACCAUUGGCAGCCAGAUUGAUAAGGAAAAAGAAUACUUUGACCCAGCCACUGUCCGCCAACUUAUGGCCCAGCAAGAGAUGGAUCGCAUUAAGAAGGCCAAUGAAGUUUUAGGACUGGCUCAGCAGCAGGCUAUGCAGCAGCAGGGGAUAUUUGAUAACCCUGCAAUGCAGGCUUUGAAUCUACAGUCAGCCUAUCCAAAUCUGCAAGGCAUCCCACCUGUCCUUUUGCCAGGAGUUGGUAGCCCCUCUCUUUCCAGCUUCAACUCAUCUAAUUCAGCUUUAACUCCUCCAAAACCUUCAAACCUCCUGAACAUGCCUGGUGCCAGUGUUCCCUCACCUAGCCUUCCUACAUCCGGAUUACCCAACAAGCCUCCCUCCUCAUCGUCUCUUGCCGCAUCCAGCCCAGCCCAGCCCAACACAUCUGCUUCGCACUCAAGUCCCACCACCACAUCAAACUCCACUUCCUCAACCACCCAGUCCAGUUCCCGGCCUGAACCCCCCAAAGAACGUAGUACUGAUAGGGUGCGGGAGAAGGAGAAGCCCAAGGAAAAGACAGAGAAGCCCUCAACCCCAUCAUCGACUGGAAGCACUCCUGCUCCAUCCACUUCUGCUGCCAGCGCCAAGAAGGAGAAACCAGACACAGCUGUACCUGCCACCUCUAUGCCAACACCUGGCAUGGAGUAUGUGGUAGAUCCUGCCCAGCUUCAGGCUCUGCAGGCAGCUUUGGCAUCAGAUCCCACAGCUCUCCUCACAAACCAGUUCCUGCCCUACUUCAUGCCUGGCUUUUCCCCAUAUUACUCUCCACAGAUCCCUGGGGCUCUGCAAGGGGGCUACUUGCAACCAAUGUAUGGUAUGGAAAGUCUAUUCCCAUACAACCCAGCAUUGUCGCAAGCAUUGAUGGGCCUGUCUCCAGGGUCCCUGCUGCAGCACUACCAGCAAUAUCAGCAGAGCUUGCAGGAGGCACUACAGCAGCAGCAGCAGCAGCAGCAGCAGCACCAGAGGCAGCUUCAGCAGAUCCAGCAACCCAAGUCGAGCCAAACUCCAGUUCCCUCUCAAUCUUUGGGGGAUCGUAAAGAAUCUGCCAAAGAUCCAGUGAAAACAGAGGCGCAAAAGGGCAACCCCCAUAGUGAACCCCCCACUUCCUCCUCAUCAUCCUCCUCUCGUAGUAAAGUACCCGCUGAGCAGAAAGAAAUGGAUGGCAAAGCUGGUAACCCCCAUCUAGACCAGUUCAUUGUCCCCAAGGUGCAGUAUAAACUGGCAUGCCGCAAAUGUCAAGCAGUUUUCACCAAGGAAGAAGCGGCUAUUACCCACCUUAAAUCGAACUGUUUUCUCGGUCAGUCUGUGGCAAACCUGCAAGAGAUGUUGCUGCGUGUCCCUGGUGGCGUAGGUGCAGGGGCUGGAAGUCUCUAUGACUGCCUGGCUUGUGACACUACGUUGGAUGGGGAGAAAGCACUCAGUCAACACCUGGAAUCGGCAUUGCACAAACACAGAACAAUCAAGCGAUCAGCCAGAAAUGCCAAAGAGCACGCUACUAGUUUAUUACCUCACUCUUCAGCCUGCUUCCCCAAUCCUAACACCGCAUCUACCUCGCAGUCUGCCACUCAUCCCAUCAGCAGCCCUCCUCCCCCGCCAACAACAUCAGCCACCAUGCCAUCCUCUGCUGUCUCCUCUUCCUUGUGCUCCUCCUCUACUACCCCACUCAACACCACAGCUGCCGGCAAAUCCUGGCCCCAGGCCCCUUUCUCCAGAGCUUUAGCUGGGAAGCCCAAUGCCAGUCCCUCCUCUUCUUCCUCCUCUUUUCCUCCAGUGUCCUCACCUUCAACGGUUACCUCAAGUUCAUUGAGCACCUCAGGAGUUCAGACCUCGAUACCAACAGACGUCUUUACUGACGAGUCUGACUCUGACAGCAGUCAGAAGUCAGCAGACAGGCUGGGCAUAACGGCGGAGGAGCCGCAGCAGCCUGGCUUUGUCAAAGACAGUAGUAGUUGUAGUAGUAAUCUUGCUAGUGUAGGAACAGACUCCAUCAGAUUGUAAAAGAGCUUUCAGUGAUGGACAAUAUUUAAAAAACACUAAAAAAGACAAAAAAAAUCAC